AAGCACCGAAGGAGCUCUGUGCGUGCCACAGUGCCCCCGUCUGCCUCUGUCGCUGCUGCUGUCGCACUUGUUGCUGCUGUGCCGUCCCGUCCCCCUCUCUGUGUCUGUCUGUCGCCCCGCCCCUCUCUGUUGCCCCAGCUGUCGCCAUGCCCAAGCUGCCCAAAUACGUCCUCAAGCCCAGGGACCCGGAGGAGGUCAGCUGGCCCAACUUCGAGGACGACGAGGACACGUUUUGGACCAACUACGCCAUAUUGAGGGUCUACUAUCACGAGGUGCGCAGAAAGACCCAAUGAGAGGGACAGAGGGAGAGCCGUCACGUCUGUGCUGUUUGCUGUGUCCUGCAGGAGCUCAAGAAGCGGCUGAGCCGCAUGUCGCCCGAGGAGGUCACCCGCUGCGAGGAGCUGGCCAUGAAAGGGAUCAUCGAAAUCGAGCGGGUAACACUUUCCCUGCGCACCACAUCGUCACCUGACUGCCAUGUGUGCCGUGUGUGGUGUUGUUCAGAAGCGGGCCGAGCGACGGGCCAAGGAGAGGGCGGAGCUCGAGGCCGAGAUCGCCCGCGUCGAGGCUAGGAUCGCCCGCCGCGAAGCCGCCGCCCAGGCAUCCCGCCCACACGCCAUCCCCACCACGGCCGCCACCAUCGCCUACCCGCCCCUUAUCUACCCCUACACGCCCACCCACCUCCCGAUGGCCCCACCACAGCCACACACCAGCCACCAGCACCAUCCGGAGGCGUCCCCCCACCCCAUCCACCACACCCAGGCCGAGGGCAUCGGCUUCGAGGCCUUCAAGGCCAAGUGGGUGCGGGUGGACGCCCCGGUGGAGGCCGGCUGGUACAAGAGCGAGGCCAGCGGCGUGUGGGAGCUGUGGGAGGCGACCGACCACCCUUUGCUGUACGAGGUGCGGGCGGCCGGCCAGGACGUCUGCACCGCGGUGGCAUUCGGGUGGUCGGCGGCCUGCCACGCCGCCGAGUCCGUGGGGGCCGCCUUCUGCCGGGCGGUGAAGAGCUGCUGCGGAGGCCAGUGA